AUGGCGACCAUAUCCAUAAGCUUCUGUCCGUACGCUAUGGCUCGCCCCAGGGUCCCACAAACUCGCAAACCUCCGGUGAAGAAGCAGACAGUACGGAGCCCUAGCCCUAACCCUAACCCUAACCCUAGCCAUAAGCUGAAGGCUCGAACUGGCGCCAAACAGUUGUCAUCCAUCGGAGUCGAAGCCACCACCUACACUCGCUUGCCUCCCAGAGAGGACUUCUCUCCCCCUUCUUUGGAUUCGUCGUCGUUUGAGUUCUCAUCCGAAGUCAAGCUCUCCGAAUCAAAUGUCGCGCUUAAAGUUGAGAAGGAGAUUGAUAAUUUAAGCAGUGAAGAGGAGGAGGAAGAAGAAGAAGAAGAAAAGGGAUUAGAUGGUAAUUUGGUGGUGAAUUAUGGUCAAUUUGAGGUCUUUGAGGGGACUUAUGAUUCUGAACUGGACGAGGAAGAUGAUGAUAGCGAUAUUGAGGGGUUUAGUGAUGACGAAUUGGAAAGUGUUUAUCAAAACGAUGACGGUGAAUUGCUAGGGUUUAAGGAGGGCGAAACUGUGAACUUAUCCGAUAAUGAGGGCAAAUUGGAGGAAGGGGAAGUGAAGGAGAAGGGAGUACCAGCAGUAAUGCGGUGUUUCGACCGAGCAAAAAUCUUCGCGAAGGCAGGGGAUGGAGGGAACGGCGUCGUCGCAAUGCGGCGUGAAAAGUUCGUGCCUUUGGGAGGUCCAUCAGGCGGUGACGGUGGGCGAGGAGGUAAUGUGUAUAUGGAAGUAGAUGGUUCGAUGAAUUCACUUCUGCCAUUUCGAAACAGCGUUCAUUUUCGGGCAGGGAGAGGUGAUCAUGGAAGAGGGCAGUCCCAGAAUGGGGCUAAGGGAGAGGACGUCGUGAUUAAAGUAGCUCCUGGGACUGUUGUUCGAGAGGCUGGGAAGGAGGAGGUGCUUCUGGAGUUAUUGCAUCCCGGGCAGCGUGCAUUGUUGUUGCCGGGAGGAAGAGGCGGGAGAGGGAACGCUUCGUUUAAGUCGGGGACGAAUAAGGUGCCAAGGAUUGCUGAGAAUGGUGCAGAGGGUCCUGAAAUGUGGUUGGAGCUGGAGCUAAAGCUAGUUGCAGAUAUUGGAAUAGUGGGCGCCCCAAAUGCAGGGAAAAGCACACUUUUGAGUGUGAUAAGUGCUGCUCAGCCAACAAUAGCAAAUUACCCCUUCACAACUUUACUUCCUAAUCUGGGUGUGGUUUCUUUUGACUAUGAUUCUACAAUGGUAGUAGCAGAUCUGCCAGGUUUACUUGAAGGAGCACACCGGGGUUUUGGUUUGGGACAUGAGUUUCUACGGCACACUGAGAGGUGUUCUGCCCUGAUACAUGUUGUUGAUGGCUCAUCACAACAGCCAGAAUUUGAGUUUGAUGCAGUCCGUCUAGAGUUGGAACUGUUUAGUCCUGAAAUUGCUGAAAAGCCUUAUGUUGUUGCUUUCAAUAAAAUGGACCUUCCAGAUGCAUAUGAAAACUGGCCAUCGUUCAAAGAAAGUUUAGAAGCUCGUGGGAUUGAAGUUUUUUGCAUGAGUGCAGUGAAAAGAGAGGGAACUCAUGAAGUGUCCUCUGCUGCUUACCAGCUUCUACGAGAAAAUAAAAUAUCCGAGGACAAGUUAGCAGAAGAUCCGGUCAAUUUAAAUCACGUAGCUGAGAUGGUGCAGAAGCAGCAAACUGCUUCUAUUAAUGAGUUUGAGAUCACUCAUGACAGCACUACCAAUACUUGGCAUGUUGUGGGAUCUGGGUUGCAACGGUUUGUUCAGAUGACAAAUUGGCGAUAUGUGGAUUCUGGGAGAAGAUUCCAACAUGUUCUGGAGGCUUGUGGUGUGAACAAGUCUCUUAUAAAACUUGGUGUCAAGGAAGGUGACACAGUGAUUGUUGGAGACAUGGAAAUGAUAUGGCAUGAUGCUGCAGAUACUUCUGGUUUUUCAAAUUUUAGGAAAGGAUCCACAGAAACAACCAAGUGGCCUCAGUGGAAGUGA